AUAUAUCCUCUAUAUAUAUCACUAGAGCCUGGGUGCUUGACUACCACGAUGACCUCAGAUAUCCGAUUCAUGCAUUGCAAGUUGUACUACAGGAAAGUACUAGUCGCCAACAGCAACUCGAUCGUCUUUCAGACAUGAGCUAGCCCUUGAACAGGUCGUUCAUUGGGUCACGUCCGCUCAUCGUCCGCGGGAGCCUCCCAUGCUUGUACGAAAAUGUCACAGAAAACGUACACGGAUUUGACAAUUAAUUCCACUAUAAAAAGUCUCAUAAUACAUCAAACUGGGCGACUUCGCUGUGCUUCUCUGUCACACCUGGCUACUAGGCUUACUCGAGGCUUACUCGAAAAUGUUGCGUUUUUCUGUCGCUCUGCUAGCAGUGACUGCCGCUAGCGCUCGUAUCGUGACCAAGCAUGUGCUGAAGGAGCGCCAGUUUGAGGCAGCUCAGAAUUGGCAAACCAGCUGGACCAUCCCAGAGAUGGGAGGAGCUGGGGUCGGCGAGCGCAAGGGAGUUCAAAACAUCACCUUCACAAACCCCAAGGCGUCAGAAUUUUAUGUUGAUGGUACAUCCAUCCCUUCAGUCGACUUCGAUGUCGGUCCUAGCUGGGCAGGUCUGUUGCCCAUAAGCGACAAUCCUGAUGAGACGCGUCAGUUAUUUUUCUGGUUUUUCCCUCCUGGUCCCGAAGGGAGUCUCGAUGAUUUGAUUUUUUGGACAAAUGGAGGCCCUGGAUGCUCCUCACUCGAAGGUUUGUUGCAGGAGAAUGGACCUUUCAGUUGGUCCUUGGGUCAAGCUAAACCGACGGUGAAUGAAUACAGCUGGACUAACCUCUCUUCUGUCCUUUGGGUUGAGCAACCUGUUGGAACGGGGUUUUCUCAAGGCGUUCCAAAUGCACAGAAUGAGGAAGACGUUGCUGCCCAGCUCGUCGGUUUCAUGCAGCAGUUCCUAGAAGUCUUUUCGGAACUGAAAGGCAAGCAGUUGUAUCUGACGGGUGAAAGCUACGCAGGAACAUAUGUCCCUUAUAUUGCGAACUACAUCUACGAGAACCCUACUCUACUAGACCUUUCGUUGCAAGGCAUGUGGAUCAGUGAUCCCUCACUUUCAUGGGAUGUGGUGCAAGAGCAGAUCCCUGCAGUGGAUUUCGUGAACAAAUAUGCUGGUCUCUUCUCUUUUAAUAAAACGUUUGCGAAUCACCUCGAAAGGAAGGCUGCGGAAUGUAAUUACACUGGCUACAUGGAUAAGUACGUGACAUACCCUCCAGCCGGCCUUCUUCCUCUGCCAGGGGACUCGGUUGAGGCGGCUGAUGGCUGUGAUGUUUGGGACGACAUUUUCAAUAAUGCGCUGAUUAUCAACCCUGCUUUCAAUAUAUAUCGCAUCUGGGACACUUAUCCUGUCCUAUGGGAUGUCCUCGGCGCCCCAGGUUCAAUCAUACAGUCACAAACUCCGCUCUACUUUGACCGACAGGAUGUGAAGCAGGCCAUCCAUGCGCCUGAUGACACAGAAUGGACGGAGUGUUCCAACAUCAAUGUCUUCCCAAAUGGAGAUGGUAGCUUGCCCCCUGCCUUCACCGUGUUACCAAAUGUUAUCGAAAAGAACAAGCGGACCGUCAUCGUGCACGGUCUCGCUGACUUUGUUCUCAUUUCUGAUGGAACCAGAAUCGUCAUUCAAAAUAUGACUUGGAACGGAUUGCAAGGAUUCCAGACGCCCAUCGCUGAUGACAGUUUCAUUGUCGAUGGUGUGGGUGCCUUCGGGACGAUGCACUCAGAGCGGGGACUCACUUAUUACGAAGUAGUCCUGAGUGGACACAUGGUUCCGCAAUUUGCACCAGUAGCUGCCUUCCAGAUUAUGCAGUACCUGAUGGGCUUUAGAGAUACGCCAUAGAUAAAGACACUUACCUUUAGUUUCAUUUAGGUUACUGGCAUCUGUAACAAAUGACAGUUCUUAGAGACUAGUUAGGAAGCCUCUUGUCUCUGGGUCUAGGAGAUUUUUCAUCCUUCGCAAGUUCUCAAAUGACGGUAUGCUGCAUGCUUCUUAUUCGGCUCAUGUCUCAGAGUAUUAUCUAUCAUUAAC